AUGAAAUACAUAAAGAAGGGCCACAAGUUCACCUUCAAGGAGAGCAACGACCUCGAGAAGCGCAGGGAAAUCGUCCAGUCCUACCUCGAGAAGAUCAAGGAGCGUGCCCACGACCCCGUGCUCAUCCGGGCCGAGCCCUACGGGGACUCGACGCUGCGGCCGAUCAACCGCAUCAUGGUGUUCGAGUCGACCCUGGGCUGCAUCCGAGUGCUGAUGUCCAUCCGCAAGGAGCUGCAGUUGGCCAACCAGCAAUCGCUGUUCCUGUUCGCGGGGAAGGACCUGCUGGAGAUCGGGAGCAAGGUGGCCUACCUGAAGGACAGGGCUGACGAAGACGGACUCGUCUACAUCUCCUACGCAGACUACGACGUCUUCGGGGACCUUUCCGAUCAGACCUGA